AUGGUACCUUGCAGAGGCAGACUGAAAACUGUUGCUGCUAGGGAAGGUCUUAUGCAAGAUGAAUUCGCCGGCAUGGUAUAUGCAGCCCACGAUGCUUACAGAUUCAUGAAGAAAAUCGAUAACGACUACGAAAAUUCCUGUAUGCUGAGAACGUACAACGAUCCUAAAACCAUUCACCCUCAACGUCAACGUCUUCCCCUCGCUCGAGACGUGUCCUAUCCAGACGAGUACUACGACGACGAUUUGAAGCAGAAACAGGCGGAGGAGCAGCCCUUGGAUAGGAAUAGUCGAAAUUCAUUACUGUCCGAGUACUAUAACCUUUGCGAAACCGUAACUAGAAAAGUGCAGCUAGUCGACUCCGAGUACGAGUACCAACCACCGAUCUACCAGGAGGUCUAUUGUAAGAAUUACCCUAUCCGUGGCGACAGCCAGACCACCGUGAACUCUUUAAAGCAGGAGUGCGUCUAUCCUGGGUCCCAGUGUGUCCAGAAAUGGAGGACAUUGGUCCUGGUGAAGCGACCAUGGGGCAGUGAAUGUUGGGAACCUUACACCAAGGAGAUCGCUAGUGGUUGUGAGUGUAUGUGGGAGAAGCCUUCCCUCGGAGACAUAGCUGAACAUUAUUGAAUUUUCAUGCGGACGAGCCCUCGGGAUUCAAUGAUCGAAGGAGCGAACGUAACAAACAGGCGCUUCUGCGACCAGCGAUUUUAUUCCAUCGGACGAUUGUUUAU